UACACUGUUUCGGGCGCUUUGCUUUGCUCUCUGAGUGUGUAUGUGAAUGUGCUCACUGCUCUCUCGUGGAGUGUGUGUGAGUUUUCACCAUUCACCCGUGCAGGGGCCGGUAUAAAGCAUGUAGUACCUGGAUCACCUCGGGGUCUCGAGCCGUAUUCCCACCGGGAUCAAACGGAAAAACGGAUUAUAUUACCCAUUGUGGAAUAGUAUUAAUGGACGCCUAACGGGGGACUAUAACGGCUGGAGGGAGAGAGAGAGGGUUUCUCUUCUCGGUAAAUGAUCGGAGAGGAAGCUUCCAUUUUGAGAGAGAAUCAUGGCGAGCGACUCCCCUGCCCGGAGCCUGGAUGAGAUAGACCUGUCAGCGCUACGGGACCCUGCUGGUAUAUUUGAGCUAGUGGAGUUGGUGGGAAAUGGAACCUACGGGCAGGUCUACAAGGGUCGGCAUGUCAAAACAGGCCAGCUUGCGGCCAUCAAAGUUAUGGACGUCACUGGCGAUGAGGAAGAGGAGAUUAAAGCAGAGAUCAACAUGUUGAAGAAGUACAGCCACCAUCGGAACAUUGCUACCUAUUACGGUGCCUUCGUCAAGAAGAACCCGCCUGGUAUCGACGACCAGCUAUGGUUGGUGAUGGAGUUCUGUGGGGCAGGCUCGGUGACAGAUCUGAUUAAGAACACCAAGGGGAACUCUCUGAAGGAGGAGUGGACUGCCUACAUCUGCCGAGAGAUCCUCAGGGGUCUGACCCAUCUCCACCAACACAAGGUCAUCCACAGAGACAUCAAGGGUCAGAACGUCCUGCUGACAGAGAACGCAGAGGUCAAAUUGGUGGACUUCGGUGUGAGUGCUCAGUUGGACCGUACUGUGGGGAGGAGGAACACGUUUAUAGGAACGCCCUAUUGGAUGGCUCCUGAAGUCAUCGCCUGCGACGAAAACCCUGAGGCCACCUACGACUUCAAGAGUGAUCUAUGGUCUCUGGGUAUUACGGCUAUAGAGAUGGCAGAAGGAGCACCGCCACUGUGUGACAUGCACCCAAUGAGGGCUCUCUUCCUGAUCCCCAGGAACCCCGCCCCCAGACUCAAGUCCAAGAAGUGGUCUAAGAAGUUCCAGUCGUUCAUUGAGAGUUGCUUGGUGAAGAGUCAUGGUCAGAGACCCAACACAGAGCAGCUGUUGAAGCACCCCUUCAUCAGAGAGCUGCCCAACGAACGACAGGUCCGCAUCCAACUGAAGGACCACAUCGACAGAACCAAGAAGAAACGCGGAGAGAGGGAUGAGACCGAGUAUGAGUACAGUGGGAGUGAGGAAGAGGAGGAGGAACGGGACAUGGGGGAGCCAAGCUCCAUCAUCAACAUCCCUGGGGAGUCGACGUUGAGGCGGGACUUCCUGCGGCUGCAGCUGGCCAAUAAGGAGCGUUCUGAGGCUCUGAGGAGGCAGCAGUUGGAGCAACAGCAGAAUGAAGAACACAAACGCCUCCUGUUGGCAGAGCGACAGAAACGCAUAGAGGAGCAGAAAGAGCAGAGGAGGAGACUGGAGGAGCAACAGCGUAGGGAACGUGAGAUGAGGAAGCAACAGGAGAGAGAGCAGAGGAGACGCUAUGAAGAGAUGGAACAACUACGGAGAGAUGAGGAGAGGAGGCACGCAGAAAGAGAACAGGUACACACACAGGAGUAUAUCCGUAGGCAGCUGGAGGAGGAGCAAAGACAGCUGGAGAUUCUACAGCAACAACUACUCCAGGAGCAGGCUCUACUGAUGGAGUACAAGCGUAAGCAGAUGGAGGAGCAGCGGCAGGCAGAGCGUCUCCAGAGACAGCUGCAGCAGGAGAGAGCCUACCUAGUGUCCUUACAGCAGCAGCAGCAGGAGCCACGGCCACAAGACAACAAACAGCUGUACCACUACAAAGACACAGCCCCCAAUAACGACAAACCUGCCUGGGCCAAGGAGGUGAUGCGUCGAGCCCAGAGUAACUCCCCCCGUAUACCUCCCAAGAAGCACCACUCCUUUAACCUGCCUGGAGACGCCAGCCUAUCACACCUCCUCCUGCUCCCUGGUUACAACCCCCGCUCCCGCCCCCCCUCCUACCCCGCCCAAUCAAGUCACUCCAGGGAGAGGCUCCCCCAAUCUGAAGGCCAUAAUGUGACUGUUCCGUGUAUACGUGUGUCCUGCACCUCUGAUCCUGCCCCCUCUUAUCCAAUCCUGCUUCAUCCCGAGGCCAGAAGGAGGAGCCCUGAGGGAAGAGUCCAGGAGUCUAGGGGGAGGAGUCCAGGUCGACUGGUGGAAGAGCGUUCCAAGCUGAACAGACAGAGUUCUCCAGCACUGCAACAUAAAGUGUCCAACCGUAUCUCUGAUCCAUCCCUGCCCCCCCGCUCAGAGUCGUUCAGCAGUGGGGGCAUACAGCAGGCCCGAACACCCCCCAUGCACCGCCCCGUAGAACCACAGAUGGCCCACCUGGUGCAAGUGAAGUCCCAUGGUCUAUCUGGGUCCCAGUCUCUCCACGACCCUGCAGGGGUCACAGGCCUGUCUCCCUCCCCUUCCUCCGGCCGUCCCCCCAUGCCCCGCCAGAACUCUGACCCUACCUCAGACACCCCUCCUUCUAUACCUCUUCCCCGCCUCGCUCCCCCCCUCGACAAACUGGACCGCAGCUCCUGGCUACGAACAGACCUAGACCUACCUCCUAAGGUGCCCCAGAGGACCACGUCGAUCUCUCCAGCCCUGGUCAGGAAGAACUCUCCUGGGAACGGACCUGCGGGCCUUGCUCCUAAAGCUGGAGCACACCUGAUACGGGCCAGUAACCCAGACCUGCGGAGGACUGAUGUCCCAAUGGAAACUCCCCUGAAGAAGAAGAGCAGUGGCAGCUCCUCCAGCUCCUCUACCCCUUCCUCCAAGGGGGGCAGCAACGAAAGAGGGGCAAAUCAAGCGGAGGGUUCUGGGGCAUCGGCCCAGGAGACCAAAGAAGAAAACAGAGAUGUGACGCUGACACGACCUAGCAGGCCUGCGGACCUGACGGCUCUAGCCAAGGAGCUGAGGGAGCUGCGUCAGGGGGAGGAGCCUAAUCGCCCGCCCGUCAAGGUGACGGACUACUCCUCAUCCAGUGACGAGUCACAGAGUGACGAGGAGGGAGAGGGAGGAAGUAACGACGGCUCUGUGUCUGUCAGCGACAUCCCACGCAUCAUGCCGGCUGCGGGGCAGAGUAGUGGUGAGGUGUACGGUGUGAUGGGAGGACAUAAUGAUUCCUACGGCAACCGUUCCCAAGACAGCACCCUGAUGAUGAGAGAGACCUAUGGGGACAGGAGGCGGAACUCCGCUCUCGCCGACAGCAACGGUUUCCCCGGAAACGCCAAUCUGCCCGAUCUGGUGCAGCAAAGCCCCUCCCCCAUGGUCUCCCCUGGCGAUGGCUCUGGGCGCAGCCACCCCAAAUAUGGCAUGGGCAGUGGGAGUGGCUCCAAGUCCUCCUCCUUCACGCCAUUCGUUGAUCCACGAGUCUACGGAACCUCCCCCACCGAUGAUGAUGAUGAAAACUCUGCCUCUGCUCUCUUUACAAAUGAGCUGCUGCUUCAGGAGCAGGAGCAGGCCAGACUGAACGAGGCCAGAAAGAUCAGUGUGGUCAACGUGAACCCGACCAACAUACGACCUCAUAGCGACACGCCUGAGAUACGCAAAUACAAGAAGCGCUUCAACUCUGAGAUACUGUGUGCUGCUCUCUGGGGUGUGAACCUGCUGGUGGGGACAGAGAACGGUCUGAUGUUGCUGGACCGCAGUGGUCAGGGGAAGGUGUAUAACCUGAUCAACCGCCGACGCUUCCAACAGAUGGACGUUCUGGAGGGCCUCAACGUCCUGGUCACCAUAUCUGGGAAGAAGAAUAAGCUGCGUGUGUACUACCUGUCCUGGCUGAGGAACAGGAUAUUACACAAUGACCCCGAGGUGGAGAAGAAGCAGGGCUGGGUCACUGUAGGAGAGCUGGAGGGCUGCGUACACUACAAAGUCGUGAAGUAUGAGAGGAUCAAGUUUCUGGUGAUCGCCCUGAAGAACUCAGUGGAGAUCUACGCCUGGGCACCCAAACCCUACCACAAGUUCAUGGCCUUCAAGUCGUUCACUGACCUACAGCACCGCCCCCAGCUGGUUGACCUGACAGUGGAGGAAGGUCAGAGGUUAAAGGUCAUCUAUGGCUCCAGCGUUGGGUUUCAUGUAAUCGAUGUCGACUCUGGCAACCCGUAUGACAUCUACAUCCCCUCCCACAUUCAGAGUCAGGUGACGCCCCAUGCCAUUGUGGUGCUGCCGCGGACCGACGGGAUGGAGAUGCUGCUGUGUUACGAGGACGAGGGCGUCUAUGUCAACACCUACGGACGCAUCACUAAAGACGUGGUGCUGCAGUGGGGAGAGAUGCCUACAUCUGUUGCCUACAUCCACUCCAACCAGAUCAUGGGCUGGGGAGAGAAGGCCAUUGAGAUCCGCUCCGUGGAGACGGGACACCUCGACGGAGUUUUCAUGCACAAGCGAGCUCAGCGACUGAAGUUCCUGUCGGAGAGGAACGACAAGGUGUUUUUCGCCUCUGUGCGUUCCGGCGGCAGCAGCCAAGUCUUCUUCAUGACCCUGAACCGGAGCUCUAUGAUGAACUGGUAACCCUGGCAACCCCUCCUUACAUCCUCCCUCCAUACUGUACAUGCCUAACCAGAGGACAGGAUGGAGGGAUGAAAAGAGAGAACUGAGACAGAUGAGUGAACACAGAGUGGCGGCAGCUCAGUGGAGACGGGAGGAAGAGAAAAACCGUCUUCCGUCCAACUCUCAUCGCCAGCCAGCCAGACGUCUGCAGUAACCUCCCUCCACCAGAGGAACUAGAGAGGAGCUCUCCAACAACUUUCCAGAUACGCUCAGACAACACUCUAUCUGUGGUGCGUUUAGUUUCUCUCAGGCACCGUCCAAGAUGGCCCAUAUUCCCUAUAGAGUGCAAUACUUUUGGCCAGAGUAGGGAAUAGCGUGCCGUUUUGGAUGUAGCCUCAGUGUUUUGUUUUUGGGAGGUGGUGACAAGAGGUGCUGGUGUAGUCUCCCUCAUGGGGUCAGGGGUCAGUGACUGAUGGUGUUGUCAUGACCCCUGACCUGUGUGCGUAUAUACGAGGUGGGCCUGAGUGUAGAUUCUUGACUGCAGGAACACUUGAAAAAAUACAAAUAUUGUCACCGGUGGUCACAGAAAAUAUAUAUACUCUUGUCAUUCUUGUUCUAGUUCACCUGUGCUCCCCUCUUUCUCUGUGACUUCUAUUUUACAUUCAAUCUAUUUGGCAUAUUUAUAUUCUGUGUGUUUCACAUCUGUAAAUACACAUUCUAUGAUCUGAAACGGAGCUGCUUCCCUAUCAGACACUCUUACACUGAGACGGAACAAUGGAGGACAGAGAAAAGGAGGAGAUGGAGAGAAUGAUGAGAGCAGUCUGAGUUUAAGUUCAUCUUCCUCCUGUAGAAAUUUCAUAAAAAAAUGUGACAUGCUUCUUCAUAUUAAAGACUGCAAGAGAGGGAGGAGUGAUGGAGAGACAGACGAUUGGGUUGGUUAGUUGUCAGGCUUCCUCCUACACCACCUCUUCUCUCAUCUCUUCCCCCCUUCCAUUCGUUGACCUGCUCCUCUACAUUUGCAUAGUGACACCUAUUCCACUUGUUGCCAUCACUUUUGACUUCUAAACUAAGGCAAUACACAGGUGUAGUCUGACUGGACAAAUGCGUGGUUGGAAAGAUUUAACUUUCCAAAAUGAGACCUACCAUGUUAUAGUCAGUCAAUACCUUAAACUGGGGGUGGGGGUGUAAAUGUACUCAAAAUAGCUUUAGAUGGCCAGGUGGAAUGACCACAUGAAUCUCAAACCGUUAACUUUAAUCACAUUUAGUCUCCUAGGAUACUGUGUCUGACACUACCUGCAAAGGUAGUAGAGAGUUGAGGAGGGUGUCUGUGUUUACUGAACCAAUGAUGAGACUACUGAUGUGGGUAUGUAAUAGCAAUGAGCCUACUCCAUCCACUAAUUCCUUACCUCUUCAGUCAUAGAUCUGAAAUGACCGUUUAAAUAUAAGUGUGACCGACUGGUGUUUGAACCUGGGUCGGCAGCCAUCUUGCUUUCUCCUAUCUAGUCCUGUCAGAUCUUUGAAUACUGCAGGGGGUAUAGGUUAGAGGAAAAGAGGGUUGUUUCCAAGAAACCGUAGGGUAAAUAUGAUAAAGCAUUUGAUUAUGAUAUCUAAUGGAUAAUUUAGAGAAAGACCAUCAUGUUCAUACUAUAAGGCUUUCUACAGAGUAGAGAAAAUGGUUUCUACAAUGUUUUUAUCGUGUUUAGUGUGAAGUAUCAGACUUUGAACAUGUGUGCAAGAAUGAAAGUGUGCGCGUGCAUGUGUGACUUGUCUUCCCUGCUAACAGUACAGAAUUAAACUGCCACUGUUAGGUGUGUGUGUGUUCACCUCGUCUGAAUCACUGGAAUCAAUAACCCGCCCCCUCUAGACUGGUACUCCAGUCAACUACAGUGGGGAGAACAAGUAUUUGAACCUGCAAAAUCGGCAGUGUUUCCUACUUACAAAGCAUGUAGAGGUCUGUCAUUUUUAUCAUAUGCACACUUCAACUGUGAGAGACGGAAUCUAAAACAAAAAAAUCAUACAAUGUGAUUUUCUGGAUUUAAGUAAUUAAUUUGCAUUUUAUUGCAUGACCAUAAGUAUUUGAUACAUCAGAAAAGCAGAACUUAAUAAUUGGUACAGAAAACUUUGGUUGCAAUUACAGAGAUCAUACGUUUUCUGUAGUUCUUGACCAGGUUUGCACACACUGCAGCAGGGAUUUUGGCCCACUCCUCCAUACAGACCUUCUCCAGAUCCUUCAGGUUUCGGGUCUGUUGCUGGGCAAUACGGACUUUCAGCUCCCUCCAAAGAUUUUCUAUUGGGUUCAGGUCUGGAGACCGGCUAGGCCACUCCAGGACCUUGAGAUGCUUCUUACGGAGCCACUCCUUAGUUGCCCUGGCAGUGUGUUUCGGGUCGUUGUCAUGCUGGAAGACCCAGCCACAACCCAUCUUCAAUGCUCUUACUGAGGGAAGGAGGUUGUUGGCCAAGAUCUCGCGAUACAUGGUUCCAUCCAUCCUCCCCUCAAUACGGUGCAGUCAUCCUGUCCCCUUUGCAGAAAAGCAUCCCCAAAGAAUGAUGUUUCCACCUCCAUGCUUCACGGUUGGGAUGGUGUUCUUGGGGUUGUAAUCAUCCUUCUUCUUCCUCCAAACACGGCGAGUGGAGUUUAGACCAAAAAGCUCUAUUUUUGUCUUAUCAGACCACAUGACCUUCUCCCAUUCCUCCUCUGGAUCAUCCAGAUGGUCAUUGGCAAACUUCAGACGGGCCUGGACAUGCGCUGGCUUGAGCAGGGGGACCUUGCAUGCGCUGCAGGAUUUUAAUCCAUGACCACGUAGUGUGUUACUAAUGGUUUUCUUUGAGACUGUGGUCCCAGCUCUCUUCAGGUCAUUGACCAGGUCCUGCCGUGUAGUUCUUGGCUGAUCCCUCAUCUUCCUCAUGAUCAUUGAUUCCCCAUGAGGUGAGAUUUUGCAUGGAGCCCCAGACCGAGGGUGAUUGACCGUCAUCUUGAACUUCUUCCAUUUUCUAAUAAUUGCGCCAACAGUUGUUGCCUUCUCAUCAAGCUGCAUGCCUAUUGUCCUGUAACCCAUCCCAGCCUUGUGCAGGUCUACAAUUUUAUCCCUGAUGUCCUUACACAGCUCUCUGGUCUUGGCCAUUGUGGAGAGGUUGGAGUCUGUUUGAUUGAGUGUGUGGACAGGUGUCUUUUAUACAGGUAAUGAGUUCAAACGGGUGCAGUUAAUACAGGUAAUGAGUGGAGAAAAGGAGGGCUUCUUAAAUAAAAACUAACAGGUCUGUGGGAGCUGGAAUUCUAACUGGUUGGUAGGUGAUCAAAUACUUAUGUCAUGCAAUAAAAUGCAAAUUAAUUACUUAAAAAUCAUACAAUGUGAUUUUCUGGAUUUUUGUUUUAGAUUCCGUCUCUCACAGUUGAUGUGUACCUAUGAUAAGAAAUUACAGACUUCUACAUGCUUUGUAAGUAGGAAAACCUGCAAAAUCGUCAGUGUAUCAAAUACUUGUUCUCCCCACUGUAUGUGUUGUUUAAGCGUAACUGUCCUUGUACAGAGACAUGAUUAUGAUUUUACAUAGACGUCCUCCGCUGCUUUACUUCUCACUCUGUGUCUGGAUGUCUGUGUCUGACAUGUAAAGUACAUGGCAGUCCUAUCUCACACUGUUGGCCACAUGAUUUCCCCCUGCCCCUUUGUCCCCCAUGUUCAGCUCCAUAGCACACACACACACACAACACACAAAGAAACAAGCACCUGUGACAUACUAAAUAUUGGGAUGAUGUCCUGCUCUGUUGAGGAUCCAUAUGAUUUCCUUGUUUGAGAGCUAUUCUCAGUUGUGAUUUUCAUGUUUUUUUUCUUGAAUUAGAACCUAUGUCAAUACUGCUGUACGUAGAUCUGGAGUCAUAGAGGGCUCUGUCUUUGGCUCCAUGGGAUUAGCUGUGUAUGGUAAACUACCCAAGGUGCUUCACCUCCAUGAUCUGUGUUUUUGUGACAAAGUGCUUGAAGUGGAAUGAAAUGGGUACCAGUACUUAUUUAAAUUCUUCAGUACAGGUAAUCUCGACACCCAGAACCAAAUCUCAGCUUUUAAGGCUGUCACAAGAGACUAUAGUACAUAUUUUAGAGCCAAUGUUCUGUAAGAGGUGCCAGUACUCAAGCAGUAGCAUAUCAGAGGAGGCUGUUCUCCGUACCGAUCAGGACCGACCCACUGGUCUGAGAGCACUUUUCUAGCGUUCUUUUCUGUCUGUCUGCAUGUGGAGGUGUGGGGAGAGGGAUGCGGGGCACACUGCAGUAGGCCUACUUACAGGUUCUUUAGACUUUGGGCCUCCUAGUUUGGUGCAUCACAAAUAUGUAUGUUUUAAAUAUAAGUGAGUAGAAUUGGAUUAAACAUUGAUUAUAAGGGAACAAUGUUGGGAUGGUAUCUGUACACUGGAUCCUAGCUUCCUUAGAGUGUUUAGCAAUAAAGAGCACUAGCUACUGACUUCUUUAGUCUUCUGCUGUUACUUCUCUGUGUCACCAUGACAGACACACAGGUACAGAGGGAGGAUGUAUGGGUGAUGAGCAUGGAUACAUGUGAUUAUUGAUGGUGAUUAAUUAAUGUGACUGGAGCCAUUUUGUUUGACUUUUCCAUGUAACCUAUUCACACACUUCAUGUUUCCAAAUGACAACAUGCAUUAGAAAUGUGCUGUUUUUUCUUAAAUAAAAUAAGUUAAACAUGA